UAGCCGUGGGAGGGGAAGCGGGCCUCUCUGGCGCCUGGUCGUGACGACACUGACGGCGACUUCCACGCGGUGCCCCACUGCUUUCUCCUGCCCCAGAGACUCCUGAGAAGAUGCCGAAAGCCAAAUCCGCGACGAGUGGUCGCCGGCGCGAGCGGCAGGAGCAGCGCCGGGAGCUGAAGCGAGCCGGAGGACUCAUGUUCAACACAGGGAUUGGGCAGCACAUUUUGAAAAAUCCUCUAGUUGUUAACAGCAUUAUUGAUAAGGCUGCUUUAAGACCUACCGAUGUGGUGCUGGAAGUUGGGCCUGGAACUGGCAACAUGACUGUGAAGCUGUUAGAAAAGGCCAAAAAGGUAGUUGCUUGCGAACUUGAUCCAAGGCUAGUAGCUGAACUUCACAAAAGAGUUCAGGGCACGCCUCUGGCCAGCAAACUCCAGGUCCUGGUGGGAGAUGUAUUAAAAUCAGAUUUGCCGUUCUUUGAUGCUUGUGUGGCAAACUUGCCUUAUCAGAUCUCCUCUCCUUUUGUCUUCAAGUUGUUACUCCACCGACCAUUUUUCAGAUGUGCUAUACUUAUGUUUCAAAGAGAAUUUGCUCUUCGUUUAGUUGCAAAACCUGGAGAUAAAUUAUAUUGUAGACUCUCCAUUAAUACACAGCUUUUAGCACGGGUGGACCAUCUAAUGAAGGUGGGGAAGAAUAACUUCAGACCGCCCCCCAAGGUGGAGUCCAGCGUUGUAAGGAUAGAACCCAAGAAUCCACCACCGCCUAUCAAUUUUCAGGAAUGGGAUGGCUUAGUAAGGAUCACUUUUGUUCGGAAAAACAAGACACUGUCCGCUGCAUUCAAAUCAAGUGCAGUACAACAGCUGUUGGAAAGAAACUACAGAAUCCACUGUUCAGUACAUAACACUGUAAUACCAGAAGAUUUCAGUAUAGCAGAUAAAAUACAGCAAAUCCUAACCAGCACAGGUUUUAGUGACAAACGGGCCCGUUCCAUGGACAUAGAUGACUUUAUCAGGUUGCUACAUGGGUUCAAUGCAGAAGGUAUUCAUUUCUCCUAGCCACUUGGAAACAACUUUUUCAAGAUCAAGAAAAAAAAAAUGAAAUUAUACGUUUCUAAUAUUUGAGAAUAUCACUGUUUUUGUUCUACAUACACUUUUCAGAAAUUAUUUAAUAAUACUUUUGUACCAUUUAUUAUCCUGUAUAAGCGGUUAUAUAUAUAUAUCUAUCUUCUUUCUUGGUUCUAGUGUUUGAAAUAUAAUAAAAAGGGCAGGGUUCAAUAUAAUGGUCUUCAAGUUUGGAAGCCGCAGAUACGCACAACCAUACACUUAAACCUUUCUAACAAUUUAUUGUAUGAAGAUGUUUUUUUUCUUCACGGUGUUUUAGAAUAUGAGGCCCACUUAGGCCUGCAGCUUAAGUCAACCAGCCUACAGAGCCCCUAAACUCCUUCUCCUCAUUCACAUGUACUGCAAGUUACUUAAUGUGGUUUUCCUCACACACCCUUUUCAUCCUCUAUACUUCCGUAUUACUGCCUUCCUUGUCAGCUGUCCUGCUGCAGUAACAACAUGACGGUUCUGGAGAAGCUGCAGUCUGCCGCAGUUAUACAGUGCAGGCAUGUUCUACAUGUGACUCUGCAUGUGAAAUGCAAAGCUUAGAAAAAGCCUAAAUAUGAAAUCUUUAUCAAAUCACAUUUUCUUGAGGGGGACAACAUUUACAAAUUUCAGAUUUAGAAAAAAUUCCAGACGGUUUUGUAAUUCAAAUCAUUCAAAGGAAAAAUGAUUUUCUUUUUCCUUGAAUGAGAAGGUCCUUUUGAGGCUAGCCUUAAUCUCAGAAUCUUACCUCAGCCUCCUAAAUGCUGGGAUUGCACUUGAGUACCACUAUGUGUAGCUUCAAAUUUUCAGUUUUCAGCUUUUUAAAAGAACAGCCAUUUUCCUACAACUACAGGCUAUUCCUGACUUCUGGAUAAUGAAGAUUCUAGUACCUGGUGUUUCUUUUUAAGCUAUGUAAAAAUUGUCAGAUUUAGUGUAAAUGCUGGUUAUAUAUUUUAAUAAAUUAGCUGUCUUAUUUAUAUAAGGAAAGUAAACUAUCUUUAUUAAAUAUUUAAUUCUCUUUAUACCUAAAGCUUAAAGGAAUAUUUCCAAUUAAUUUAGAAAAGGUGCACUAUGUAAACUUAAAACUAUAAACUGUUAGCCUACACAGAUUUCUCCCCAAAAUCUGCUUCAAAGUCAUGUAGUAAAUAGCAUUAUGACUUUAAAUAGUUAGCUAUAAAUAGUUAGCAGCCUUUCAGAUUGAGAAAUUUCUAAACAUAAUCUAUAACAAAAAAAUACUUAGCUGCAGAAGCAACUUUUGUCACAUGAAUGAUAACUAUUCUUAAGGGUUAGUUAUCUUUACUGUGACAGAACAGUUUUGUACCAUACUACUUAAGGAAACAAUUCUGCUUAACUGGGAUUCCUCAGCUUAUCCUCCUUUACUUUCCCCAACUGCUGAGCUUUAGUCCCUUUAACUAGUCUUCGGUUUUCCCUCUGUAAAGCUGAAUUGUAGUUUACCUUUGAAGAUGUUUACUGCUACUAGUUUUCAGGUACUCUGACUAUAGAUCAAGACAAAGCCAUUAUAAGGCAACAUGUAUCUAUAAAGACCUACAAAGAUAGUACCAGUCUAAGGCCAAUAACAUUAAAGCUAAAACUGUUGUGCUUAAGAUGAGCAAGUUCGUGUCUUUAAUGCCCAUUACAUAUGGGCCAACUUCAAAAAUUGUGGAGUCAAGGAUUUUGUACAUAGCUCUGGCUGUCGCCGAACUUACUACGUAGACCAGGCUGGCCUUGAACUCAGAAAUCCGCCUGCCUCUGCCUCUAAGUGCUGAGAUUAAAGGCAUGUGCCAUCAUGUCCAGCAGAAAUUACCUUAAACAGCUUCUGCAAGAUGAACAGAAAUAGUUCUUCCUCUUUGAAACAAAUAGAAUAUAUCUUACAACUGCAAGAAAACCUGAGUUCCUUCCAAAACAAAGGUGAUUAUAUUGAAGUACAUUUCUAUAUUCGUUUCAUAAAUUCCAUUUAUUAAUAAGCAUAUUGUGAAAAAAAUCUACAUUUGAUUUGGACUUCAUGUUUACAGAGUUUUCACCAUGGUGUUAGGAUUCCUCAGGGCUACCCUCUCAUGACUAGUGAAGUAAAGAAUCUGGCUCGUUGACUCUAUUCAUAGAUUUCCCCUUGGUUCACUGAGUGAAUCAGUAGGUUCCCUAGAGUUAAUGAAGAGAUCCAUGGGAGGUUCUUUGGUUAACCUACUGGACUGUAGACUGGGAACCAAGGAAAAAUGAGAUAUAUAGAUACAUAUAUAUAUAUAAAUCUUUAAACAAUAUUUACAUGAGAAUUGGCCAGUUUCCUUUCUUAGAUUAGCAGCUGUAAAAAUGAGUGCUGCCAUUUAAAGAGUAGCCUACUUUACCACCAAUCUAUAGGUGAGAUGUGAUUCUCACCAAAUAAACCAUCACAUAUUAGGUAUUAGAUGGAGCUUGGUAUGACCUGCCUUAUAGGGCAUCAACACUUCUUAGGGGUUACAUACUGUCUAUACUUGGCUUAUCUAACUUGUAUUAUGGACUACUUUCCAUGUACAUACAAAUGUUCAUGCAUCAGAAGCCAAUUUCCUUUAACAGCACGUUACGUUUUGGUGAGCUAAUAAACACUUCAACUUAAAUAAUGGCAUUGUUAAGGAUCAAAUUACACUAUUAGUCUUGUUAACACCACUGGCACACACACUGCAUAUAUAUGUAUUAUCCUAAGAUAAAACUCCUCUCAGAAUUUCUUUACUUUUAUUAUACACCAACUAGUUUAUAUUUUAGUUUUUUACAAAGAAAAUGCUAAGAAAAUUAUAAUCACAUGUCAUGGUAUUAAAAUCAUAAUUCCAGAUUUCUUUACAUAUAAGAUGGAAUGGUCCAGCAGCUAUGUCCACUGUCACAGACUUUAGUUCCGUUCAAUUGAUAUGGCACAUCCUGCAAAAUUAACUAGUACACACACACACACACACACACACACAGAGAAAUGUCUCAAAUACAGUAAAAAUGUACACACAAUAAAGGUAAUUUACAGUUACAAAUAAGGAAUGUAAUUUAUCUUGGCUGUGCUUCAGAAAUCUAGGGUCAAUAGCCUUAGUCAAGGCACAGAAGGAUGAGUAAGCACAGCUGUCUCUAGGAGUAGGCAAGGUAUGUACAGUCACUGAUGAGGUAUGCAUGCACGCAAAGUAUUCAAAAUCGCUCAGUCUUGCUACGAAAUUGAUUUGGGUUAAAGGAAAUUCUGUGGCUUCCCCUAUUCUCAACUUCUGGAUUACUUCCACAAUCCUUAAAUAAAAUUGGUAAGGAUAUCCAAAAGCAAUCACUGUUUGGGUAAAUGAAACAAAAUACUUCACUAAUCCCAAUUGUUAGUUGUGCCUCUUGGACUAGAAGCACUUGUAGACAAAGGAGUGUUUCACAAAAUUGAAAUGUCAUUCAGGUGAAGGACAAGAUAUUUUCCACACACUUAAGAUCUCAAAAACGUUCAAGUGGCCUUUACAGUUGGACCACCAUUUGUUACAGUAUUAGGGAUUCUGGGGAUCCUUUAGUAGCAAAUACCGACUUAGAGGGCUCGGGGUCUCUUGGGGUUAAUUUGCUUGCUGGCUUGUUCUUCUUCUUGUAGCGCUGCACGAAAAGAUUUCACUUUAUCUUGUAAAAAGAAAAGAACAAGGGAGUAAGUAUUUUAGAACAAGCAACGCAGUGCACAACUUUUAUAAUGUCUAUCAAUUUAGUGCUUAUUGUAACAAAAACUCAGCAUUUCUCAUGAACCUUAGAACUAUGUUUAACCACUCUCCAAAAGGGAACUGAUGAGUCUAACUUAGAUGUAAAACAGAUAGAUAAUCCUUUCAAUGUGACAUUUCUAUUCAGUCUAACUCUAACUUUCUUAGCCAAGAAAACUUAAAACCUGAAUUAAAAAUAGUAUUAGCUCAUCAGGGACUAUGAAAGGAUAACAGGACAACACUUACUUGCUCUUAUUUCUACUACCUUGUACUGACAGCAUUAUCAGUAGGUUAAUUAGUGUCAGGGGCUAUAAAAAUAAGACAUCGUUCUACAGCAGUGGUGCUCAAAUGGAAGUGAUUUUUGCCCGAACAUUUAGUGAUGUCUAGAGGUAUUUUAAUUAUUUAUCACAACUGGUAUGGUGCUGUGCUAAUAAGCAAGAAUGAGCAAACAUUUACUUUGCAUAGGGCAGCACCCCUCAACAAACGAUGGCCUGUUCAAGCUCUCAAUAGUGACAAGUUAUGUAAUUGUAGCUCAGUGGUAUGCACAGGGCCCUGGGUUCAAUCAUCACAAAAGCAUCACAACAGAUACCAUGUGGUGUAACCUGUAUAUAAAAAAAUGCUAAGUUCAAGUUUUCCUUUUUAGAAGUACAACAUUUUACAAAAUUAAUUUUUCUGAAAUUAAAGACUUGUGCCACUUAACUAAAACAUUUUGUAAUCAAAAUAUUCAGAUGAAAGAUGACAUUUUCCACAAACUUAAUAUUGUAAACUUUUAAAUGCUUCUCACAACUGAAUCAUUGUAUGCUAGCUAUAGUACUGAGGAUUUGUGGGAAUCCUUCAACUCAUUUAAAAGAAUGCUGGAUCUGGUGCCUGUUAAUAUGACAAGCUUAACUUCUUUUAUUACUACAAAUGUAUCUCUGAAUGGUUUAAAAAAAUAUCUAUACUACAGUAUUUCUAUAGUAACUCUCCCCAAUAUGUCUGACAUGGAAUCUGAGACAACCAAGGAAAGUCAGUUAAACUGACUGUUACAUGUUUCCAAGAAAAAAUAGAAUACGUUAGGUUCCAUGUCUUAAAAUGAA